AUGUCAAAGGCUCAGCAAUGGUUUGUCUCACGCUUACAACACAUUAGGGACACAACAGGAAUCGAUUCAUUCAAGUUUGACGCGGGAGAGUGGGGUUGGAUUAGUCGGGACUUUAAACUCGAUGACUCAUCCAUUCAACAAACGCCACUCACUUUAACUCAAUUAUAUGUCGAAACUGCCGCUCAAUUGGGAAAUAUGAUCGAAACGAGAGCCGCUUAUAAUUCACAACAUUUGCCAAUAUUUGUGCGAAUGUUAGAUAAGCUGUCAGUUUGGGAUUAUAACGGAGGGCUUAAAACAUUGAUACCAACGGCACUUAUGAUGUCAAUCGGCGGCUAUAGCUUUGUGUUGCCGGAUAUGAUCGGUGGUAACGCUUACGGGAAUUUCCCGUCAAAGGAGUUGUAUAUCCGAUGGCUUCAA